AUGGAUUCGUUUGAAUUUUCAGAAGAAGAAAUAAGAAACGAACUUGCGCGGUUUGGGAUUAAGGAUAUCGACCAGAGUACUUUACGUGAAUUUCGAGAAGACCUUCUAAAUUUGAUGAAAGAAAGUAGUUACAAUUCUCUUCAGAAUGUUGCUAAAUCCACUACAAUUUCCCCUUCUUCCAGCAACUCACCUGUCACUUGUCCAAACUUGUCUCCGUCGUCUCCUCCGGAACCCUUUUCUAUAACUUCUCCAACGUUCACAUCACCAGCUGCCAAGAACGUUGAAGAUGCUAAGUCAUGUCUAACUCACACAGGUAAUUAUUGUUCUGUUAAUUCCAUGGACCCGUCGUCUGUUACCGUUUCUCACAAUCGGCCCCAGAAUACAGCUGAAAGUUCCGAACACGUUGCUUAUAGAAGCUCUCAGUUGUUCAACAGUGCCAAUAAGGUAGAUGGUCACUCGGAAAUGACACUUAGCCAUCAAUACACACACACUCAACAGCCACUGACUAAUCGAUCGGAAACAGAACAUGAAAAACAGGAGAAUCUCCUUCGAACUUUCACCAGAAAAAACAUUCCGCAGGUAAAUAGUUUUGAUAAUCCCAAGAACAAAGAAAACGCUUGGUCUCGUCAUAUUGCACCUUCGUCAUCUUCCUCCUCCCUCUCAUCACAAGAAUCGGUCCCCAAACCAUCACAAAUCGCUUCCAUCGACACCGAAAAACCUCCACUGCUAAACACUUAUGUUACCAAGAGGAAGGUCUCCCGCAAAGGCCCCGAUGGUAAACGUUAUAUCGACGAAAUUACUCCAACACCGCCGAGGUUGAAGAAAAACAGAAAGACAGACCCCGUGAGCAGGUUCCGUGAAUUUCAGAACUACUGGAACUUGCACAAGCCUCCCGGUGAAAAUAAUCACAACGCCCUUCGGUGGAGCAUUAAAGAGAAAAUUGCCAAACACGAUGUCAUUGGAAGCCGUCCACGGAAAACUUUCGUGCCCAAUAAUUAUGUGAUACCCUCACAAAACCCGAGACAUUCUCUUCGAUGGCAGAUACGGACUGAUCUUGCCUAUGGUGUCAUGCCAACCGUUGCCAGUUACGACUACUGA